AUGAAACCUGAUGAAACUCCUAUGUUUGACCCAAGUCUACUCAAAGAAGUGGACUGGAGUCAGAAUACAGCUACAUUUUCUCCAGCCAUUUCCCCAACACAUCCUGGAGAAGGUUUGGUUUUGAGGCCUCUUUGUACUGCUGAUUUAAAUAGAGGUUUUUUUAAGGUACUAGGUCAGCUGACAGAGACUGGAGCUGUCAACCCAGAACAAUUUAUGAAAUCUUUUGAGCACAUGAAGAAAUCUGGGGAUUACUAUGUUACAGUUGUGGAAGAUGUAACUUUAGGCCAGAUAGUUGCUACAGCAACCCUGAUAAUAGAACAUAAAUUUAUCCAUUCCUGUGCUAAGAGAGGACGAGUAGAAGAUGUUGUUGUUAGUGAUGAAUGCAGAGGAAAGCAGCUUGGCAAACUGUUAUUAUCAACCCUUACUUUGCUAAGCAAGAAACUGAACUGUUAUAAGAUUACCCUGGAAUGUCUACCACAAAAUGUUGGUUUCUAUAAAAAGUUCGGAUAUACAGUAUCUGAAGAAAACUACAUGUGUCGGAGGUUUCUAAAGUAA